AUGGAGCAGGCAAAACCUACGCCGUCGCGCCGUCGCGCCGCCCGAAAUAACGGCAAACCCGCUUUGCAGAGGAUGUAUGCAUCUGAGAACGACUUGCCAGUGACUUCGAAGAUGGAUAUGAUCAGGGCCCUCAACCGUCCACACCUCAAAGUCGGCUCUCCCGCAUUUGAUAUGCAGCUGUCGCUUUCAGCAGGCUCUGCGAAGCUUCCGCGCGCCGCGAUCACAUCAAAUGCCAUCAUCAGUAGUCACAACAGGCUCGUCCCAGCAUCGACACCUCCUCCCGACUUCGCACGAACUGUGCGCCAGACCACUCCGAACAGCGCCGCCGUACCCAGGCUACCGUCUUCAGCCGCUUUCGCUGGCGCUACGUUCCACGCUUCUCCGGCACCAUCUGCUUUGCCGAUACCAAACGCCCAGCAGCAGCCAUCUCCGCCCGCUACAGAGCCAGAAAUGCCGACUCCGCGGCGGCCACUAGCCAACGAGGCGCGUGAGUCACCACUGGAGGCUAUGUUCAGAGCCGAUCGUGCGGAGAAGGAGAAGGCUCGUCGCCCUAGCUUCGUCAGCGAUGCUUCUACCAGCCGACAUCUGUUUUCUCCCAACGCUAUGCCCCAAGGAUCUCAAACAAUGCCCCGACAGCAUUACGGAUUGCCCAGAGACAAGCCUUUUCGCAGCGUUCCUCAUCCGGUAUCCCCAUGGCAGAGCUUGACGGUGUUCCAGGACGGCCGGUUGGGCCUGCCUUUUCCACUCCCUAUCAAGAUCGCAUACGCGCAGCAGGCGGCCCAGUCCCAGAACCCACAAACAAUGGAGUCUCGCCGUCGCAGCUUCACGGAGAUCCAACAGAAGCCCUGA